GUUGGAUGGAUGGGCAGAUGGGUGGGAGCCUGUGCUGGCUGAUGAAUAGAGGGAACAGGCAGCCAGACCAUGCCUGGCACAUGAGCACAACUGGCUGCCCACGGACACCCAGGCGGACGGACGGACAGACCUCCAGCCCCGCGGCCCAUGGAAAGGCCGGGGCACGGGGCGCUGCUCCUCCUGACCGCCAGGGGGCAGCAGCUCCGAGCGCCGCGCACACCACUAGUAGUUGGGCACAUCGGGCCCCGAGGCGCCCCGGCAACAAGUGCUGAACUCUGAUUGGUCGGUGCCCCAGGAGGCAUCAGGAUUGGUCCCGCGGCGAGCGACACAGAGCAGAUAGAGGUAACCAAUAGAGGUCCACGGCCGAAUGCAACAACCAAUCAUCUCUCUCCAAGCUGCGCCGUGUCCCGCCCCCACACGGAGAGCGCGAAAACGGGCCCGACGGCGGAAAGCGGGGUGCUGUGGGCGGGGCUUCGCCGUCGAGCAGCCAAUAGGGAGCGCGGGCGCUUGGCGGGCCCCGUGCCGGUUCCGGUCCCCGUUCCCGUCCCAGUUCUGCGCGCGGCGCCGGUCCUGGUCGGUACGCAUGGAACCGGCCGAGGCGGAGUUCCUGGCCGAGAAGGAGCUGGUGACCAUCGUGCCCAGCUUCAGCAUGGACCGCGUGCACCUCAUCGGGGGGGAUCUGGGCCCUUUCAACCCCGGUUUGCCAGUGGAAGUGCCUGUCUGGUUGGCCAUCAAUCUGAAGCAGAGGCAGAAGUGCCGGCUGAUACCCCCAGAGUGGAUGGAUGUGGAAAAGCUGGAGGAAAUUCGGGACCAAGAACGCAAAGAGGACACCUUCACUCCGAUGCCCAGCCCCUAUUAUAUGGAACUCACAAAGCUGCUCUUAAACUAUGCCUCUGACAACAUCCCCAAAGCAGACGAGAUCCGGACGCUGGUGAAGGACACGUGGGACACACGGAUGGCCAAACUGAGGCUGUCUGCAGACAGCUUCGUCCGGCAGCAGGAGGCCCACGCCAAGCUGGAUAACCUGACGCUGAUGGAGAUCAACACCAUUGGGACUUUCCUUACUCAAGCCUUAGACCACAUGUACAAGCUGCGGACCAACCUGCAACCUUCUGGGAGCACGGAGUCCCAGGAUUUCUGAGCUCUUUUGCCCACCCCAACCCUCCCAGCACACACACAGCCACUGUGCCAGCUUCCACCUCUCCGUGCACAUCUGCCAGAACCCUGGGAGCUUUGUGAGCCAUCAGCCACGUGCAGCCCGUGCCCGGCAGCAGCUGCAGAAGCAGGGUGGGCUUCCCCUGCCUGGGGAGGGAGCAGGGCAGAGCUGGCACAGGGCAUUCCCUGCACGAGAGCUCCACGAAGCCCUCGCUUCCCCUUCGCAGAGCUUCGCCUCUCCCUUUGGUUCAGAGGCUGCUGCCAAAGACGUGCACGGAUACAGGUGGUGGCUUGCCAGCAUCCAGCUAAUGAUGUCGGGCAGAUCUCUCUGCCCUGCAGAGCGUGGGUGUACUUCAUAGAGGGAACUUCUGAGGGCAGCACAGGCCACACACUGGCUUGAAAGCAAUGAAUUUCAAGGCAGAGCUUCGCUGUGGAUUCGCUCGGAGCCUCAAAACAGGGAAAGAUGUGCCGGCAGCGAGAGCGCAGGGAGGCACACAUCCAUCUGCUCCAUGGAGAAGGACAAAAGAAAAUGGCUUUUCCCUCUCUGGUUGGUGCUAUUGAACCUCCCAGCACCUGGGCCACCACCAGGCUGAGCAGGACCCCAAGGGAAGGGGGGCAGGACCCCAAAAGGGGGGUAGCAAAGCUGGGAGCAGUGCCCUUUUCCCAUUGCUGCUGGGGGAGAAAGAAUCCUGCCAUCGUCAGGAAGAUUCUAUGAUGAUGAUUUUUGUUGUUGCUCUGAUGUUUUCAGAAAUGACAGCCAUGGAGUCAUAAAUACCUACUUGCUACACUCACCAAAUGAUCUCCUCCAUCACAGUUAAUUCAAACAAAGAUGCUGAGAACAAGUUUAGGGUGUUUUUUUUUCUCCAUCUCUUGGUGGUUUGCUCUGACAGCAUCUCCCUGCCCCAGCAGCUCUGCCCUCUGCUGCCCCAACUCUUGCAUGGACAAAAUGUGGCCCCAGGGAAGCAUUGCUGUGUCAGAACCUUGAUAUUAUGGGCUGGCAUGGGGAAGGAGGGGGGGGUGGAUCUCAGCAUGGAAGCGAAUCUGCAAGCCAGCCCUGGCCAUGGAGCUGCAGCAGCUGCAGCAAUGAGGGCUGAACGGCCGACCAUUUUCCAUCCCUGUCUUCCUUCCUGCCCAGCAUGCAGGGAAGGAGAGCAGAUCGUGUGUUAACAUUCACCACGAGAACACAGGGAACUGAAAGCACAGGGGUCACCUUUUCCAAACGCCCUGAGCUCAUCUGGUGGCAAACAAGGAACAGCUUCCCCUGGGAGCGCAGCCAUGAGCCAAGCUGUGAGGGCAGGGCAGCAGCUGGGCUGCCCCAAUGGGCUCUGAUUGGCUUUGGGGCUGCUCCCCAUGCCACCCCAGCCUCUGGCCCCAUAAGUGUGGGGCUCUCAUCAGCACGCAAUGCCCACGGCUGCCCCAGUGUUUGAUGGAGGGGGCAAAGAGCCAGAAAGCAAAAGGCAGUGGAGAAAAGAUGGGGGGGGGUUUGGAGGCAGCCCAGGGAUUCCUGGUACAAACACAGAAAGGAGAAAUGAAAAGCAAACAAAAAGAGGUGAAGGGGGGGAAGCAAAAUAAAAUAAAAUAGCGAGUUCUUUUUAUAUAUAUAACAAUAAUAAUUAAAAGCAAUAAAAAACAUACAAAACUUUU